AUGAACCUACAAAUUCAACGCCAAGCGGAUGCAACGUCAGUUCUGCGUGAGAAGCUGCAGAAGCAGCAAAUGCGCUUCAAACAUCGGUCGAUUCGAAUUGAUGAAGAAUGGCUAAAGACGUCUUUCCAGGAUGUGCUGCUCAGCAACCCAGAUUUAACAUCCUGGUAUGACACGAGACGGCGCAUUCGCCAACAGACGCUGAACCGCAGUCAUGAGCAACGAUGGACAAGAUCCAGAGGUCUCGCCGCCUGAGGGUGAUUCUUCUAGCGACGCACAUAGUUCAUUCCGGUUUAUCUCAACCCAUUUUACAGAAGAUGCUGCUGUUACAGCGCUAAACAGUGCUGAUACAUCUGAAUACAGCCAUCCACGUACGUAUGGGCCGACAGGACGUCGCAAGAGUGUCUACACUUGCAUUUCGCAUGAGGCGCGUUCUCGUCGGCUACGGAUCGUUAAGAUUUCAGAGCUCAACUCUUCUCAUUUCAUAACGACUUCUUCAUACGAAGUAGAAUCUAGUGGUACCCAUAGCCAGUUGCUAACGCACCGAAAGAGGUCUGGUAUUGACAUGCAGAUAAAACCAGAGGUGGAUAGCAUUCUUCAAGGUGGAGCAGGUCCAAAACGAUGCGUACUUCUACUACAGAAGAAAUAUAAACUUGACCCAACCAUGCUAGCCAAGAUUCCAGACGAAAUCAAACUGAAGAACAGAAAAGCCAGUCUGAAGAAGAAACUAAAAAACAAUUGGGACAUUUCAAGUUUUUCAGUUCUGAUGACCCGCACAUGUGUACUGCGGCUGACAAGUUUUUCGGAAGCUUGGGGAUUGAUGGGUUUAUUGAUCUGGCGGCAUUUACUCAACAAAGUCUCGACUUUCAGAAUGAAUUACUCAUAUUGAACACAUUUGAUCUUAGGUUUGAUGGUGACACCGGGAAAGAAACUUCGUUUGGUGUUAUUUUCACAUCGCGACGUCUUUUUCGAAAUCUGUACCGAUGUAUUUGUGAUCAAAGAGAGACCGGUCUCGUUGGAGUUACCGAUGGCACCUACCGCAUCGAUUUCAUAUUCACGUUUAUUAAAGAUCGCUGGACUCUGGUAGCACUCGGCAGUUCUUGCUCUGUGUAUGAAAGAAAACGUUACCGACAUUCAUUUGUACCUUGGAUGUACAUGUUUGUGCGUACGGAGCAUAAAUUUGCCAACAAAACGUUAUUCUCUACAGCUAAGCGAUUCGUCGCUGAUUACUUCAACGAUUCUUUGGUUUUAAAGUACGGAAGCCAAGAUCAUGCUUCCUACAUUGCUACAGCUUUUUCCUCCAUCUGGCCUGGUAUCAAAAUACUUAAUUGUUAAUCACACCUUUUCAGAAAAGCGUUCGAAAAAGCU